AUGACGAAAAAAUUCCAAAGCAAGCCGAUCUCGCAGGAAGUUUCCACCCUUGGUGGCUUCAUCGCCGGUGGAAUCGCCGCAUGUGGUGCCGUCACCUUCACAAACCCUAUCGAGCUCAUCAAGACAAGAAUGCAGUUGCAAGGUGAGCUUACAGCCAAAUCUGACGCUCCAAAACUCUACAAAAACCCUUUGCAGGCGCUGGUGGUCAUCUACAAGAACGAGGGACUCCGUGGGUUGCAGCAGGGCUUGAUCUGUGGAUACGUGUACCAGAUUGGACUCAAUGGAUGUAGAAUUGGUUUGUAUGAGCCAAGCAGAAAGCUCUUGACCAGAACUUUGCAUCCUGCUCACUACAACGAUGACGUGUCAAAGAUUCCACAGAACUUGCUAAUCAACGUUUUGGCCGGUUUCUUAUCGGGUUCUGCCGGUGCCAUCAUCGCCAACCCGUUCUUCUUGAUUAAGACAAGAAUGCAGUCUUUCAACAAGGCAAACUCCAGUUUGAAGGUCAAUGUGGGCCAGCAAACAUACUACAAGGGUGUCGUUGAUGGUCUCACCAAGAUUUACUCGGCUGAAGGCAUCAAGGGCUUGUUCAGAGGCACCGAUGCCGCAGUGUUGAGAACCGGAGCAGGCUCUGCGGCCCAGUUACCAGUGUACAACUUGACUAAAAACUAUUUGUUGAAGCACAACUUGUUGGAGGAUGGCUCUAUUGGGUUACAUUUUGUAUCGUCUUCUGCAGCCGGUUUGGGAGUGGCCAUUGUCAUGAACCCAUGGGAUGUGGUGUUGACUAGAUUGUACAACCAGAAGGGUGACUUGUACAGCGGACCAAUGGACUGUUUUGCAAAGACAAUCAAGACCGAGGGACCCACUGCAUUGUACAAGGGAUUUUGGGCCCAGUUAUUCCGAGUAGGACCUCAUUCGAUCUUGACGUUGAUGUUCAUGGAACAGGCCAUGAAGUUGGUGUACCUGGUGGAGCAGAAGUUUUGA